AUGUGUCAACCGUUGGAUCUAAUGAAAGCCGGAUGUGAAGUUGAUCCCGUGUACUCGCAAAAUGUCACUGAAAAAUAUCUCGGGGCAAUCACCGACAGUCAAAAUGGCUACCUGGUCCUUCUAGUGUCUCGAUUACUUCCCGCGGAAUAUGUUGAAUUUCGACCUUUCCUCCAAAAGAGAUGGUUCAGCUACUCAGGGACAAACUUCCGCAGUACUUUUGAAAAUAUUGCAGCAGGCGCAACAAACCGGGACACUAAACCUGUCGAAUCGAUCAUUGGAAUCUGCAUCACCAUCAUCAUCGACAGCAUGACAUCAGUGUUCAACACUGAGGCUUCACUGCCGUACAACCAUGAUUUAUUUGAAAACCGUAUUGUGAAGAAAAGAGUAAAGGUAGACGGGCAAGAGAUUUAG